CGUUUAAGUUGUAAAACAAUAUUUGAUAAAAAAAAAUAGUUACAAUAUUUUAGUUAAAAAUAUGAAUUCAACCAAAUUAUUAAUUCUUUUGUUAUUGGGAAUAUAUUCCGUAAAUUGUCAAAAUGUAAAUUAUCCCCCGAAAGAAAAUUUUCAUCCAACACAAUAUGAUUCAUCUGUAUCGCCUCCUACUGCUCAAAAUGGAAGAUUUUUGAAACAUAUCUUUGGUUCAGGUGGUUCCACACAAACUAUUCAUCAUCAUCAUCAUAAUGAAGAACAUAAUAAACCGUAUAACCCAAUUUAUGUACCUCAACCGAUUCCUGUGAUACAACCACAGCCUGUUAUACCUGUUAUUCAACAACCGAUUGUACAUAAGCCAGUUCAACCAGUACAGGGAUAUUAUCCGGGAUGUUAUCCAUUGUGGGGUCAUCCUUCAUAUCCACAAAUAAUACAACCAUUUCCAUAUGCAAGACAAAUUGUAACAAAUCAACCAAUACAUAGUUUGGAUACACAUACAUCACCAGUUACUUCACAAAGUCAACCAGUAGUAUUAAAUUUACACCCUGGUACAUCAUCAUCACCAAAUCCUUCUACAAAUUCACCUCAGAGUGAUUUUAAUGCAUUAUUACAAUAUGCUCAAAAUCAACCGAAUCCAUAUCUAACACCGAACCCAUUUAAUAUUCUUAAUUCACAAUUUCCUUUCCAAUCACAAUUACAACAACAGCCAUCAUUAGGAUUUCAAGCAUCAUUACAAUCAUCAUGGCCAUCAUCAAUAUUACAAAAUUUAAUUACAAAGCCUUUAAAUUUUUUGCGCCCACCAUCAACAUCAUAUCCAUCAGUACAACCGACAUAUUAUCCACCAGCAUCACAAUAUGUACCACAUUAUCAACAACCGCAAUGGCAUCAACCACUUCUUCAGCCACUAAAUCAAUAUUAUCCACAAACUUCCUAUAAUCCAUAUCAAAACUUCAUUCCGGUACAAAAUCCAUCAUAUUAUCCUCAAACAUCUUCUCAAAUUCCAUUCCCACCGCAAGUGUCAAAUGUAAUGGCAACACAAGUACCGCUUCCAAUUAAUCAAAUACUUCACCCAUCAUACCAAUAUUCUCCAUUUGUACCACACGGACAAAUUCAAUAUUCACAACAAUUACCAACACCAUUUCUUGUAGAUUUAGCAAGAUAUAUUUAUGGUAAAUAA